CCACGCUUCAUUCCUAAACUGGGAGAUGUCUCUUGUCGUUCUCAAUUUACUGUGGCUGGAAAACGCAUGAACUGCCCGUCGGAGACAUUAACUGAGAGCCAAAUCGUUACUACUAUCUUUUCGAACUACUCGAAAAUGCUGCCCGAGACAGAUAAUGCAGUCGACGUUCAGAUCGAAAUGCACGUACAGGACAUGGGAUCUUUGAACGAAAUCACCUCGGAUUUCGAGAUUGACAUCCUCCUAACGCAAUUGUGGCAGGACGAGUCAUUGUCCUUCUCUCACGUGCCAGCAUGCAAAAGAAAUAUCACGAUGGAGCCACGUCUAUUGCAGAACAUAUGGACGCCGAACACCUGCCUGAUCAACUCGAAGAGAACGGUCAUCCACUCCUCACCUAGUGAUAACGUGAUGUUAAUCCUCUAUGAGAAUGGCACGAUAUGGGUUAACCACCGGCUUUCGGUGAAAUCACCUUGCUACCUCGAUCUCCGACAAUUUCCAUUCGAUGUGCAAAGUUGCAUUUUGAUCCUCGAAUCCUACAGCCACAACGCCGAAGAGGUGCAAUUGAGAUGGAUGGAGGAAGCGGUGACGUUCAUGAAGCCGAUCGAACUUCCCGAUUUCGAUAUGGUUCAUUUCAACACGAAGAAGAAAAAUCUCCUCUAUCCAAACGGAUACUGGGACCAACUGCAGGUAGUGUUCACGUUCAAGCGCCGUUACGGAUUCUACAUCAUACAAGCUUAUGUGCCCACGUACCUGACGAUUAUCGUCUCGUGGCUGUCGUUCUGCAUGGAACCGAAGGCCCUUCCGGCACGGACCACCGUCGGCAUAUCAUCCCUACUAGCACUGACGUUCCAGUUUGGAAACAUCCUGAAGAACUUACCACGGGUUUCGUAUGUGAAAGCCAUGGACGUUUGGAUGCUGGGGUGCAUCUCGUUUGUGUUCGGAAGCAUGGUCGAGUUAGCCUUCGUUUGUUAUAUCAGUCGAUGUCAGAGCAGUGUCAGAAGUUCCGAACGUCGAAACGCGCACUUCCGCACGUCGCAACUGUGGACAAAUGCUUCAUGCAGGAACAGGCCUGUGUGCCAAGGUUCCAACGAAAAUAGUAGGCUUCACAGCAGUUCUUCCUUUCAGAUCCAGUUACACUCUCCAGCAACAAACACCACUUUCAUCGCACGAUUUCACCCGGAAGCGGUCGACAAGUUUUCCAUCGUCGCUUUCCCACUCGCUUUCACGCUCUUUAACGUGAGUUUAAAAGUUGUGGUAACACUUGCUCUAUCAAUCGUUACAAGAGACGAAGUGACGACAUGUUGUUGA